AUGCAGUCUAUUCUAAAAACCAAUACUCGUCGUGUGUUGUCAUCGUUUGUACCACUUCAACGAUCUUUGACUAAUAAUUUAGAUACACCUUGGCGAACAGCUUACGGUGGUAAAUAUACAGUAACAUUAAUACAUGGAGAUGGUGUAGGACCCGAACUUAUGGCACAUGUUAAAGCUGCUAUGCGAUGUGUUCGUGCACCCAUUGAUUUUGAGGAUAUUCCAUUGUCAAGUCAUAUAGCUAGUGAUGAAAUGUUUGAGAGAGCUGUUAUGGCUGUUAAACGUAAUGGAGUAGCUCUCAAAGGUAAUAUUGCAUCACAAAAUACAACAAAUUCACUUAAUGUUCUUCUACGUACUCGUCUUAAUUUAUUUGCUAAUGUGGUUCGUUGUAAAACAAGUCCUGUUGUACCAACACGCCAUUCAGACAUCGAUAUACUUGUUAUUCGCGAGAAUACGGAAGGUGAAUAUAGUUCACUUGAACACGAGUCAGUUCCCGGUGUUGUUGAAAGUCUUAAAGUUAUAACACGAGCAAAAUCUCUUAAAAUUGCUCGUUUUGCAUUUGAAAUUGCAACACAUGCUAAUAGAAAAAAAGUAACAGCUGUUCAUAAAGCAAAUAUAAUGAAACUAAGUGAUGGUUUAUUUGUUGAUUGUUGUCGUGAAAUAUCUGCUGAAUAUCCAAAUAUUAAAUUUGAUACAAUGAUUGUUGAUAACACAUGUAUGCAAUUAGUUAAUCGUCCAACACAAUUUGAUGUUAUGGUUAUGCCAAAUUUAUAUGGAAAUAUAAUAUCAAAUGUAUGUGCUGGUCUUGUUGGUGGUUCAGGUUUUGUUGCUGGUUCAAAUUAUGGAGAUCAUUAUGCAAUUUUUGAACAAGGUACAAGAAAUACAGGUUUAGGUAUUGCUGGAAAAAAUAUUGCAAAUCCAUCUGGUAUUCUUUUUGCUGCUGCCAAUAUGCUUAAAUACUUAGGAUUGGAUAAACAUUGUUCAGUUAUAAAAAAUGCUGUUUUAAAUACAAUUCAAGAACAUAAAAUAAAAACUCCUGAUAUUGGUGGUACAGCAACAACAACAGAAUUUAUUGAAUGUGUUCUGAAUGAAAUUGUCAAAAUGACACCAACAAUUGGCUUUAAUUAUGAAAUGCAAAAACCAACUCUUGCUUUUAGAUACAAAGAUAUUGACUAA